AUGGUUUUCGAGGGUUGUAGCCUGAAUGGAACACUUUGCUGCCCGGGUUUUAUAUGGGAUCACGACCUUAAAAAAUGUAAAAGUUGUAAAGCAGGAUUUCAUGGAACAGAUUGCAAAGAUAAGUGUCCCUUCCCUUCGUAUGGAUUGGACUGUCAGUCAACGUGUAACUGUACAGACAAAGAAUGUGAUCAUGUCAAAGGCUGCGAAAGGAAGUCAACAGAGAAUCAACAUGGAUUUCCCGCCAAGAUUGAAAUCAACAACACGUCUCCCGCAAUCGCAAAAUCAACAAUACAAAACAGAAUACCAAGUGAAUUUCCAACAGAGAAAACCCCUGAACUAGAAACAAAGGUCAUUGGAAUUAUAGUGCUCGCAUCGGUGUCUGUUGUCUUGAUAUUUUUAAUCUUGUGCACAUAUCUACUGGAAAAUUGUAAAAUGGUGACUAAAAUUCACGAGACUAUUCCAAGCGUUUGAGAACAUCCUUAACAUAUCAUUAUUAACCAAUAAUUCAUUUCUGGUUGUAACGCACUUUCUGAUUGGCUAAAAAAUUAUUUUAUAUCGUAUAAAGAAUGUUGCCUACGUCAUAGUAAGACUAACGUCAAAAAUGUAUCAAUAC